UGUUUUUGUUGUUAAAAAGGUAAUUAAUAAGAAAGUAACGAAAGGAAGGAAACCCCGUCGUCGCUUGGCGCGAGCCCCAGGUGUCGCGCGGGCGGCGUCGGACGCGCCACCAUCACACACAUGGUGAUGGGUACCACACCGCAGGUCCACGGCCCCACACGGCCCACAGGUGUCUGUGUGUUCGUGUGGGCGCGAGCCCGCGAGAGCGUCUGCGUCCCCGCUUGCCUCCACGUCGUCGUCGUCGCGCGAGGGACGGGGCCCCGCCCAUCAUCUCCCGACUGCACGUGGAAGGCUCCACCCAACGACGUCACGCACCGGCUGCGACAACUUGCGAGCGGCCAGCCGAGCCAAGCCACCCCGGCCUCCUUAAAUACGCGCUACGCUGAGCUCUCGUCAAUCGCUUCCGUUCCACCAUCGCAGCGCUCCAUCACCUCCGAGCUCACAACGGGCAGCCGCGACAGGAGAUCGAGGCGAGCGCGCGCGGCAGCUCCAUCGAGUUCGAGUCGUCGGUGCAGUGCAGUGCAGUGCAGGACCCCCAAAUAUAUACAGGCGGGGCGGAUCGGAGCGGAGGAGGAGCCAAGCCAGCUACGUAGCAGCGCGCGGAAGGAAGGGGGAUGGGUCACGGCCACGGCGGCGGCUGCCGCUGCUGCGAGCUCUGCGGCGCGCCGGCGGCCGUGCACUGCGCGGCGGACGCGGCCUUCCUCUGCGCCGCCUGCGACGCCAAGGUGCACGGCGCCAACUUCCUCGCGUCGCGCCACCACCGCACGCGCCUCCACCUCGCGGGAACGCCGGACGAGGAGGAGUACGAGUCCGCCGCGGCGAGCUCCUGCGUGUCCACGGCCGACUCGGCGUCGUCGUCCGCGGCGCCGCGGCGGAGGAGGCGCCCCGCACCGGCCGGGAGCGGGAGCGGGAGCCCGAGGCUCAGGCCCCCGUGCGAGGCGGUGCUCGAGGCGUGGGCCAAGCGGGCAGGCCUCGCGGCGGGAGCGGCGGCACGCCGGCGCGCCGCGCGUGCGGUCCGGGCCUGCGCCCACGACCUCGCCUCCGCGCGCGUCCCGCCGCGCGUCGCCAUGGCCGCGGCGCUGUGGCGGGAGGUGGCGGGGCGCGGCGGUGGGAUCAUCGGUGCCGGCGGCGGCGGCGGCUGCGGCCACGACGAGGCGCUGCGGCGGCUGGAGGCGUGCGCGCACGUGCCGGCGAGGCUCGUGGUGGCGGUGGCCACGUCCCUGGCGCGCGCACGCGCGCGCAGGCGGAGGAGGGCCGCCACGGACGCCGUGGAGGGUUGGGACGAGUGCGCGUGGGCCGGGCCCAAGUCCAGCCCGGCACGUUCUUGAUCUUGUUCCGUCACCGUCACCGCAUCUUUUGUUGUGCUCGCUGAAGAAACAACACGAGACGAGCAUGAGUGAUGAGAGGAACAGAUUUCGUACCGGAUUUGUGGACCUUGUUUGUUUGAUUUCGUUUGCCCAAGAUCCAAGCAAACUGAGAAAAACUUGUGGUUAGGAAUAGGGGAAAGAGCAUACAUAAAGUUGGGGGUCUUAAUGUAGGUCAGCAGUGUAUUUGAUUAGAGCAUCUCCAAGGGUUUUGCAAAUAAACUUUGUAUUACUUUAUUUGCAAAAAAGAGUAGAAAGUAUCUCUCCAA